CUGCCCUCACUUCCUGGACACAAUCUGGCCAUGGCUCGGCUUCUCCUUCUUUUGCUGUCGGCAGCAUGUCUGCACACUGGGAACUCAGCAGGAUACACAAGAGAAAAUGACUUUGGUGUCAACCAACCAGCUGUCCUCUCUGGAGUCCAGGGUGGCUCCAUUGAGAUCCCCUUCUCCUUCUAUUUCCCCUGGAAGUUGGCCAAGAAUCCACAGAUGAGCAUAGCCUGGAUAUGGAAGCACUUCCAUGGGGAAUUCAUCUACAACUCCACCCGGCCUUUCAUUCAUGAGCAUUUUAAGGGCCGGCUCAUCCUAAACUGGACACAGGGUCAGACAUCCGGAGUCCUCAGAAUCCUGAACUUGAAGGAGAAUGACCAGGCCACAUACUUCAGCCAAGUUUGUCUGCAAACAACAGAAGGCAUGAAGUGUUGGCCGUCUAUUCCUGGGACAAAACUCAUUGUUACACAUGCUCUCAGUACUACCAUGAGGACCCCCUCCAUCAUCACCUCUGCAGACCCCACAGCUGGCCUGGAGGACACAAGGGGCCAGAGGAAUUCUUCACUGCUGAACCUGGGAGCCAUCAUUGGGAUGGUCAUGGCCAAAGUUGUGGUCAUCAUCCCCCUCUACAGAUGGAUGAUCUUUCUGUGGUGGAAGCAAAGGUAA